UAUCAAUAUUACACUUAAUCAGCCCCUCUCUUCUUGCCCAAAUCACUUGACACUUUGACUCAGAGCUGAAAGGCUAUCAUGCUUAUUGUCAGGAGACACCCAAGAACCUUUUAAAUCUUUCAACAUUUCUUCCCACCUCUCUAAACUGGCAAACCACACCCUCGGCUUUACAACAAUCUUAUCGCCGAUCAGAGCGUUGUUGCCUGUUGCCACCAUAUAACAAGCAGAGAGAUACCCUGACAAAUCAUCUUCACGUGGGCUUGCCAACAGAUCCAAUUCUACGGAUUUCUACUACAAUCACGCAUCAACCUUUGCCAUCCAUCACUAACAGGACAUAUAUUUAUUGCCCAUAGUCUUUAUCUUUAGCUGAUUUGUAACUCACGGAUCCUUCACUGUUGAUAUCAAGAAAGCGCUUAUCAAUGACCUCAUUGUCAGCUGCCUCACAAGCAGGCCACAGUCACAAGAUCACGAUGAAUCGCCUACCCUCAGUAUCAAGCCUUAUGUCACCCCCGGAGGUGAAACCAUUCGAGAACUUCAACACGACUUAUCAGUCGCUCGAAACGGCGCCAGAGUCAUCGUUUGGUGAAGACAUCAAACUCCCACCCAUUUCCGCUGAUCGAAAGCGAAGACAAUCUGAAAUGGACUUACCAUCGCCUCCUGUUACACCUUACACCGGGAACAAAAAACGCAGAUCAGAUAUCUCCGAACAGAUUGAGUCAGACCUCGCAGUCGACCCUUCCAGAGACCCGGUUCUCUUCCCUCGCCAUGAAUCCGUCGUGGAGAUUGCCACAGAUGUCCCUCUUUUCGAACCACUCAUCCAGCCCUCAGCAGAGGCAUUGGUUGAGCGACACAUUAACUCAUCGCAUCCUGCUGACCUUGACAAAAAACCAAGCCGUGACGAAUAUUUCUUGGCAUUAUCAUGUGUUCCCAUCGUCUCUACCCGGUAUAAUCGCGACCCAGCAGCUUGGGCCAAGGAAGAGCGAGAAACUUUAGAUCGACAACUAGCCAUGAUGAAUCGGUAUCGCCCGGGCCUGUUGGGGCAAAGGUUGCGGAAAAUUGCGCCGGCACCUGUCAAACGGUCUGCAAUUGUUCAACCACGUACACAAAGGCUUCCAAGAGCCAAGCAUACGCCGAAGUCAACUCCGAAGCAGAAGACUCUUGAAUCGUUUGAAACGCCUCAAUUCACAAGUGUAAAGGCACCUAGGACCUUGGGCACGACUCGCGACGACACAGACUUCAACUCACUUGCAGAUUUCUCUCCACCGAUAGAGACACUUGGUGGCAACACUAAAGCACUGAAGGCAGAUUGGAAGGGUCAAUUUCUUGAUCUUAGUAAUGACCCAGACCGAUAUCUCCUCAGCCCGGCUGAGUUGAAUCUUGCCGCGACAUUAAGGCUGUCUUGCGCAACAUAUUUGUGCAGUAAACGCCGCAUAUUUGAUGCUCGGGUCAAAGCACUGAAUGUUGGAAAGGAGUUUCGAAAAACAGAUGCUCAACAAGCUUGCAAGAUAGAUGUCAAUAAAGCAAGCAAACUUUGGACAGCGUAUGAACGCGUCGGUUGGUUCAAGCCUGAAUAUUUUCAGCAAUAUCGGAAAUGAUUUUAUCCGCUCAUCACUCUCACUUCCGGUUUCUGCUUCACCAAAUUGUGUUGUGCUGUCCACAUUUUAUUCUAAUUCUAGUGAAUAAUAUUAGGUACCUGUGAAAUUCAUAUCCUGUGGACUUUACUGUUAAUGCCUUAUAGUUACCUACUAUCUUCCUUUAAAUAAUCUCUUCUUAGGGUCCAUUGGUUAUUUUUGACUGCACUGUCAUGUUGAGUCUAGUUAGUUAUAGUAUAGUAGGACGUUACCUUUGGCUUUUUCUCCCCUUGCUAAUAGAUGAAACUCUGUAUUAUUAUAGUGCAUUUUACAUUUUAAGCAUGAUUAAUGUUGAAUUAUACUACUACUAGCAUAGGCUCCACAAUCAUUAUGUCACCCAGUUCCUGGA